GGUAUUAUUCGUAAAAUAGAUUCUACUUGAGAGUUUUGUAUACAAUAUUUCCUUGAGCAAGAGCUAAAUAGGUAGGUACCGUACUUUGCGAUAAGUGAUAACACUAUCAACAUUUAGUUUUUGUUUUGAACUCGCUGAAAAGUGUCGUGAGCCUUGUUUUACAUUCUAUAAAAAUGUCGUUGUCGAAACCUAUUAUGAAUCUGGUUGCUUCCUAUUUACAAAACUUGUAUUUGCACCCGAUUAAAACUAAAUCUCUAACCAGCUGUGUGAUUGGCUGUGCUGGUAGUAUAGCAUCUCAAGUAGUUGCUGGAGAAAACCUGAAGUUUGACCCAAUUUUUGCAUAUGGAUUAUAUGGGUUGAUAUUUGGGGGCAGUAUACCACACUUUGUCUAUGAACUCAUUGAGACACUAUUCCCAUACAAUUCAGCAUUUCCCCUGGCUAAGAAGCUAUUAUUUGAGAGACUGAUAGUAGCACCAUUUAUGCAGGCUUUCUCAUUAUAUACACUUGCAAGAUUUGAGGGAAAGAAUCACAAUGCUGCGGUCAAACAACUCAAUAAUUUAUAUAUGACUGUAUUAGAAGCUAACUGGAAAUGGCUUACACUUUUCCAAGUUAUCAACAUGGCUUUUAUACCACCAAUGUUGCGUGUUCUCUUUAUGAAUGCUGUCGGUUUCGGAUGGGCGAUGUUCAUAGCUUCGAAAAGGCGACAAAAUCAGAAAAAAGAAUGAGUGCUUCCUAAUUAUUUAAAGACUGGUGGUGGCAUUUUCAUUGGUACUGAAUUUAAAUUAGACUUGUUAUCUUUAAUGGUGAUAAGACAUAUUUUGCAUAAUAUAAGAUAAUUUUUAUAGCAUGUUACGAUGGGGGUUAUCUUUUAUAUUUCUGCAUAUAAAACUGGUCAGAAAUACAUAAAAAAAUCAGUAUCUGUAACAUUUGACUGCAUAUUUUUCAUUCUAUUCUGGUCUUUCACAUUGCAAAGAAUUAAAAUAUGAUCAUAUUGAUUAGUAUGAUAGUGUUAUUUCAAAUUACCUUUUUAAAAGAUUUACCACAUAACAUUCCUACAUGAAUAAUGAUAUGGGUGUUCAGGGUUGUAACGUAUGAACUAAUUUUUUGAGAAACUAUUUGUAAACUUUUUUAAUGUAAGUAUAAGAAUGAUGAUUAUUUUGAUGGGUUAGAUAUGUACAGGUUAGUAAAAUUACACUGAAUGAGUUAUCUAUUUUAUUGUACAUAAAACAAAUGUUGAAUGUUGUUAAUAUCAAGUUUAUUAUGGCUUUUAAGCAUUGACAAAGUCAAAACUGUUUAAGAAUCUGCAAGUUUUAUAUUCGUAUGUUUUUAAUAAAACUUUUAAUCUGA